AUGGCGCCCACCUCUCGGAUUGAAGUGAUCAAGAGUCUCCAAAACCAAACGUUGACUAUCCGCGGGCUUCACACAGCUUUUGCCAACUGGCCCUUUGAAGUGAGCCCUCAUUUGAACAGACUCCGCCAGGAUGUCACAUAUAUGUUGACAAAUCGCUUCCCGCACCACCCCAGGCUAGAGAGACUGCUCGGUAGCGACUUUGGGCUUUUCGGCGCUGCAUGGUUUCCGUGUGUUGAGUAUGAUCAGCUUCGAGUUGCCACCUAUCUUUCUUUGUGGCUCUUCAUGUGGGACGAUGAGCUCGACUCAGACGUGGGAAGCCUUGCAGGCGACUUUGACAUGGCACAGGAAUAUCGAGCGGAGACUCUUGCUUUUGUCCGGAACCGGCUCGGUUUUGAUGAUCCUAAGGAUCUCACGGUUAGCAGCAAUGAGGUGAUCAAUAGCUUUGACUUCAUUGGAGAUGCGUUGCAAGAGUCUUGCAGCAAGGAUCAACGGCAAACCUUUUUGAAGGAAGUCCAGUUUUUUAUGGAAACAUCGGAAACCGAACAGCGCCUACGUUUGGAAGAAAGUUUGGUGAUGGUGGACAAAUACUCCCGCUAUCGUCUCGGCACCGGCGCGGUGCGAGUGGUGCUCGCCAUCAGCCAGUUCUGCAAUUGCACCGAUCUUCCAGCGUAUGUCAACGAGGAUGCUGACUUUAUCGCUUUGUGGGACCUGAUCAAUGUGAACAUUUGCAGUGUCAAUGAUUUGCUGUCAGUUAAAAAGGAAAUUGCCCAAGGAGGUGGAGAGAACCUGGUAACCAUCCUGUACGCUAAACUGGGAUCACCGCAAGAAGCAGUCAAUCAUAUCGUGGACAGCAUUCGGCACACCAUAACCGAGUUUGAUGGCACCGCUGAGAGGCUUCGGAUAAGGUACUCGACAGACCGGGACGUGCUGAAGGACCUCGAGAGUUUCAUCGAUGGAUGCAAGUACUAUUGCACGGCAAACCUGUCAUGGAGGUGA